CGGUGGCGCGGGCGCGGCGCGCACGGGUUGUGGAACGUAGACCGCGGACCCGAGCUGGCCUGUCCCCGCGCGCGGCAGCCCCCGUCGGCCGCCAAGUCUGGGCGGCUGGUAAGUUGGCGGCGGUCUCCGGCGGCCGUGCCGCGGCCAUGUAGUCGCCGGCGGGGCUCCCCGCAGCCCGGGAGCGUCAGCGAGAGCGACCCAGAGCCGCGCAGCCCGCAGCUUUCCCUGGAGACGCUGAGUGCGCGCCGCGUCGCCGCCGCCCCCGGGCCGCACUUUGGGCCCGAGAGGGAAAUGGGGGAGAAAGUUUCGGAGGCGCCGGAGCCGGUGCCUCGCGGCUGCAGCGGCCACGGCCCCGGAGCUCCCGCCCCUGCGGUGGCCGCCGUGUCCUCUCCAGGCGCUUCCUCGGCCGAGUGCUCCUCGGGCUCAGAAACUCUGUCGGAGGAAGGGGAGCCCGGCGGCUUCUCCCGCGAGCAGCAGCCGCCGCCGCCGCCGCCGCCGCCGCCGCGCGGCGCCGUAAGAGCCCGGCCGCCGGCCGCGUGGGCUCCCGCGCGCGUGGUGCUUGAGCUUGGAGUCUGUGCGCCGCCGCCGCAGCUCUCCGGAGGAACCGCGCUACCCGCGCCCCGGGGCAGCAGCGCGUCCCAGGAGGAGCAGGACGAGGAGCUUGACCACAUACUGUCCCCGCCACCCAUGCCGUUUCGGAAAUGCAGCAACCCAGAUGUGACUUCUGGCCCUGCAAAGUCAUUGAAGUUUAAAAGACAGCUGAGUGAGGAUGGUCGAGAGCUGCGGCGGGGCAGCCUGGGAGGGGCUCUGACAGGGAGGUACCUCCUUCCAAACCCUGUAGCCGGGCAGGCCUGGCCAGCCUCUGCGGAGACGUCCAACCUCGUGCGCAUGCGCAGCCAGGCCCUGGGCCAGUCGGCACCGUUGCUCACCGCCAGCCUGGAAGGGCAGCCUCCGAAGAGCCAUUUCAACUCAGCCCGACAUCGGCAGAGACUAGUGGACCCAGCGGCUUCAAAAAAGGAGCUCAGUCUCCCCAGAAGAGGAAGUUUGAUAGAUUCCCAGAAGUGGAAUUGCUUGGUCAAACGUUGCCGAACAAGCAACCGGAAAAGCUUGAUAGGCAAUGGACAGUCACCAGCACUGCCUCGACCACACUCACCUCUCUCUGCUCAUGCAGGAAACAGCCCUCAAGAUAGUCCAAGAAAUUUCUCCCCCAGUGCCUCAGCCCAUUUCUCAUUUGCACGGAGGACUGAUGGACGCCGCUGGUCCUUGGCUUCUCUCCCCUCCUCUGGCUAUGGGACAAACACGCCCAGCUCCACAGUCUCUUCCUCCUCUUCCUCCCAGGAGAAGCUGCAUCAGUUACCCUACCAGCCAACGCCAGAUGAAUUGCACUUCCUGUCGAAACAUUUUUGUACUACCGAAAGCAUUGCCACAGAAAACAGAUGCAGGAACACGCCUAUGCGCCCCCGUUCCCGAAGUCUGAGCCCUGGACGCUCUCCCGCCUGCUGUGACCAUGAAAUAAUUAUGAUGAACCAUGUCUACAAAGAGAGGUUCCCAAAGGCUACAGCUCAGAUGGAAGAACGUCUGAAGGAAAUUAUCACCAGCUACUCCCCUGACCACGUACUUCCUCUAGCAGAUGGAGUGCUUAGUUUCACUCACCAUCAGAUUAUUGAACUGGCUCGAGAUUGCUUGGAUAAAUCCCACCAGGGUCUCAUCACCUCACGAUACUUCCUUGAAUUACAGCACAAAUUAGAUAAAUUGCUACAAGAGGCUCAUGAUCGUUCAGAAAGUGGAGAAUUGGCAUUUAUUAAACAACUAGUUCGAAAGAUCCUAAUUGUUAUUGCCCGCCCAGCUCGGUUAUUGGAGUGCCUGGAAUUUGAUCCUGAAGAAUUUUACUACCUAUUGGAAGCAGCAGAAGGCCAUGCAAAAGAAGGACAGGGUAUUAAAACCGACAUUCCCAGGUACAUCAUUAGCCAGCUGGGGCUCAAUAAGGAUCCUUUGGAAGAAAUGGCUCAGUUGGGAAACUAUGAUAGUGGGACAGCAGAAACACCAGAAACAGAUGAAUCAGUGAGUAGCUCUAAUGCUUCCCUGAAACUUCAAAGGAAACCUCGGGAAAGUGAUUUUGAAACGAUUAAAUUGAUUAGCAAUGGAGCCUACGGGGCAGUCUACUUUGUGCGGCAUAAGGAAUCCCGGCAGAGGUUUGCUAUGAAGAAGAUUAACAAGCAGAACCUCAUCCUCCGAAACCAAAUCCAGCAGGCCUUCGUGGAACGGGAUAUCCUGACUUUCGCAGAGAACCCCUUUGUCGUCAGCAUGUACUGCUCCUUUGAAACAAGGCGCCACUUAUGCAUGGUCAUGGAAUACGUGGAAGGAGGUGACUGUGCUACAUUAAUGAAGAACAUGGGGCCUCUCCCCGUUGAUAUGGCCAGGAUGUACUUUGCUGAGACGGUCUUGGCCUUGGAAUAUCUACAUAAUUAUGGAAUUGUACACAGGGAUUUGAAACCAGACAAUUUGCUGGUCACCUCCAUGGGGCACAUAAAGCUGACCGAUUUUGGAUUAUCCAAGGUGGGACUAAUGAGCAUGACUACCAAUCUUUAUGAGGGUCAUAUCGAGAAGGAUGCUCGAGAGUUCCUGGACAAACAGGUCUGUGGCACACCUGAAUACAUUGCACCAGAAGUGAUUCUGAGGCAGGGCUAUGGGAAGCCAGUGGACUGGUGGGCCAUGGGGAUUAUCCUCUAUGAAUUUCUGGUUGGAUGCGUGCCAUUCUUCGGGGAUACUCCAGAAGAGCUAUUUGGACAAGUCAUCAGUGAUGAGAUCAACUGGCCAGAGAAGGACGAGGCGCCGCCCGCUGAUGCCCAGGAUCUGAUUACCUUGCUUCUUAGGCAGAAUCCCCUGGAGAGACUGGGAACAGGUGGUGCUUACGAAGUCAAACAGCAUCGAUUCUUCCGCUCUUUAGACUGGAACAGUUUGCUGAGACAGAAGGCAGAAUUUAUUCCCCAGCUGGAAUCUGAGGAUGACACAAGUUAUUUUGAUACUCGGUCAGAGAAGUAUCAUCACAUGGAGACAGAGGAAGAGGAUGACACGAAUGAUGAAGACUUUAAUGUGGAAAUAAGGCAGUUUUCCUCCUGUUCACACAGGUUUUCAAAAGUGUUCAGCAGCAUAGACCGAAUAACUCAGAAUUCUGGAGAAGAGAAGGAAGACCCCGGAGACAAGACCAAAAGCACUGUGUUGCCAUCCACUGAGACGUUCAGCUGGAGUUCGGAAUAUUCUGAAAUGCAACAGUUAUCCACAUCCAACUCUUCAGAUACUGAAAGCAACAGACAUAAACUCAGUUCUGGCCCACUUCCCAAACUGGCUAUUUCAACAGAGGCAGAGAAAGAUGAAGCUGCUCCCUGCCCCAGAGACCUGCCUGAGGAGCCAGAAAAGCCAUCCCUUCCUCCUGCAGAGUGCACUCAGGAGGAGCCCGAGGUCACCACGCCAGCCAGUACCAUCAGCAGCUCCACACUGUCAGUUGGCAGUUUUUCAGAGCACUUGGAUCAGAUAAAUGGACGAAGCGAGUGUGUGGACAGUACAGAUAAUUCCGCAAAGCCAUCCAGCGAACCCGCUUCCCACAUGGCGCGGCAGCGAUUAGAAAGCACAGAAAAAAAGAAAAUCUCGGGGAAAGUCACAAAGUCCCUUUCUGCCAGUGCUCUGUCCCUCAUGAUCCCAGGAGAUAUGUUUGCUGUUUCUCCACUGGGAAGUCCAAUGUCCCCCCAUUCCUUGUCCUCGGACCCUUCUUCUUCACGAGACUCCUCUCCCAGCCGAGAUUCUUCAGCAGCGUCUGCCAGUCCACAUCAGCCUGUUGUGAUCCACAGUUCCGGGAAGAACUAUGGUUUUACCAUCCGAGCCAUCCGGGUGUAUGUGGGAGACAGUGACAUCUACACGGUGCACCAUAUUGUUUGGAAUGUAGAAGAAGGAAGUCCAGCAUGCCAGGCAGGACUGAAGGCUGGGGAUCUGAUCACACACAUCAAUGGAGAACCGGUGCAUGGACUUGUCCACACGGAAGUUAUAGAGCUCUUGCUAAAGAGUGGAAAUAAGGUGUCAAUCACUACUACCCCGUUUGAAAACACAUCAAUCAAAACGGGACCAGCCAGGAGAAACAGCUAUAAGAGCCGGAUGGUGAGGCGGAGCAAGAAAUCUAAGAAAAAAGAAAGUCUAGAAAGGAGAAGAUCCCUUUUCAAAAAACUAGCCAAGCAGCCUUCUCCUUUGCUCCACACCAGCCGAAGUUUCUCCUGCUUGAACCGGUCCCUGUCAUCAGGGGAGAGCCUCCCGGGUUCCCCCACACACAGCUUGUCUCCCCGGUCCCCCACGCCCAGCUAUCGCUCCACCCCCGACUUCCCAUCAGGUACUAAUUCUUCCCAGAGCAGCUCCCCAAGCUCUAGUGCCCCCAAUUCCCCAGCAGGGUCAGGACACAUCCGACCCAGUACCCUUCAUGGCCUGGCCCCCAAACUCAGCGGACAGCGCUACCGGUCAGGAAGGCGUAAGUCGGCUGGUAGCAUCCCCCUCUCCCCACUGGCCAGGACCCCCUCUCCAACGCCACAACCCACCUCCCCGCAGCGGUCACCAUCCCCUCUGUUGGGACACUCGCUUGGCAAUUCCAAGAUCGCUCAAGCCUUCCCCAGCAAAAUGCACUCCCCGCCCACCAUCGUCAGACAUAUCGUGAGGCCGAAAAGCGCAGAGCCCCCAAGGUCCCCGCUGCUCAAGCGCGUGCAGUCGGAGGAGAAGCUCUCCCCCUCCUAUGGCAGUGACAAAAAACACCUGUGUUCCCGCAAGCACAGCCUGGAGGUGACCCAGGAGGAAGUGCCGCGGGAACAGCCUCAGCGGGAAGUGACCUUGCAGAGCUUGGAGGAGAACGUGUGUGACGCGCCCUCCCUCAGCCGCGCCAGGCCCGUCGAGCAAGGCUGCCUGAAGCGCCCCGUCUCCCGGAAGCUGGGGAGACAGGAGUCUGUGGACGAGCUAGACCGAGAGAAGCUGAAGGCCAAGGUGGUAGUGAAGAAACCGGACGGGUUCCUGGAGAAGCAGGAACCCCACCAGAAAUCCCAUGGACUUGGUAGUGAUUUAGAAAACCUCUCAGCUUUGAGGCUGGAAGAGAGAGAGAAGAAAAUAUACCCAAAGCCUUUAGAAAGGUCAAACCAUUUUGAAAACAAAGGGGCCUUGCAGGAGACCCAGUCCCUGGGCAGUCUACUGAAGGGGGCUCUUCACAAGCAGGCCAGUGUUCGGGUCAGCGAGGGGGUGACCUCAGAAGGGGCAGCAGCGGGCCAUGUCCUGGCACCCGGGGACCACAGCCAGGGCAUCUGUGACUUCAAGCGCACCCCUGCUGCCAGCACCCUACAGGACAGUCUCUGUCACGCCACAGAGAGGUCCAGCUCCACGAAGGGGGAGAACGUGGAGAAGGCCUCCCAGGCCAAGGAUUGUCUCCGAUGUGAGAAGUUAGACAGCAAACUGGCCAACAUCGAUUACCUCCGAAAGAAAGUGUCACUUGAAGACAAAGAUGCCAGCCCGUGCUCUGUGCUCAAGCCCAAGAUGACCUCUAGUGCCCACGAAAGCCUGCCUGGGAACCCAGUCCGGGCUGUGGGUGGACAGCAGGAGGCCCUGCCAGUCUCUGAGAGCCGAGCGUUCAUCAGCAGUGCCCACCCGGCUCAGAUCAGUGCUGUUUCUUUUGUCCCUCUCAAGGCCCUCGCCGGCCGGGUGGAUGGUGGAGGGGAAAAGCCGGGCUUGGUCGCUCCUGAGUCACCUGUCCGCAAAAGCCCCUCCGAGUAUAAGAUGGAAGGUAGGUCCGUGUCCUGCCUGAAGCCAAUUGAGGGCACUUUGGAUAUUGCGCUCCUGUCUGGACCUCAGGCCUCCAAGACAGAGCUGCCAUCCCCGGAGCCUGCACAGAGCCCCAGCCCAGCCAGUGAUGUGGGGCCCUCUGUGCCACCAGCUCUCCCCAGCGGCGGGGGCAUGAAGGGUGACACAGUGGGUCAGAGGGAGCCUUCCCCUGCCAGCUUCAGGAUGAGUAAGUCCUACCUGCUGGAGUCCUGGUUCCCAUCCUCUAGCCGGGGUCUCCAGAAUUCACCAGCAGCUUCCUUGCCUGAGCCAGACCUAAAGCGGGACAGGAAAGCUUCCCAUGCUGCCAGGAGCCCAGUGAUGGUCAUGGAAAGCAAUCCCCAGCAGAAGGAGGGGGGCCCCAGCAAACACCAAGGCCACAGCCCCGACAUUAAACUCCUCCCCUUCCUGGGACAGAACCCCCACAGCACCGACCCAUCCAGGUCCCGCAGCCUGCUGCCCCCUGAAAAUACCCCCUCGAGAGAGAAGCUGAGCCUGAGGGAAUCCUCUGAAAGGGGCCCUUCCGCAGCCAGAAGCGAGCGGUCUGCUGUGAGGGUUGACUCCCAAAGAGACCCCUCCACCGAGCUGUGUCCUCCAGAAGCUGCUAAAACCCGUGAGGAUUCCAGAAACCUCCCCUCUGGGGGAAUGCCCCGCCCUGACUGCUACACACAGCCCCACCCCACAGACAAAGCAUGGGGGCCUUGCGGCCAAGCAAGCCCCAGAGAUGGCCGUGUGGAGGUGAGGCCGCUGGCAAGGGAGGACUCUCAUUUGCCUUCAGCAGGGACUCCUGAGAGGGAGCUGGGCAGAGGAAAAGGUAGCACAGAGCCCCAGCCAGAAGCCCCUCCGGCCCGGCGGUCCCAGCCGCCACCCGGCCCUGAGAAUGGGAAAGGAGACCUCCUCUCUGGUUACCCCGUCUUGCCGAGAGACAGUCCCAAGGAGCUGGAAGGGAAGGAACAGCCUCCGCAGAAACAUGUCAGCGGUAGCUCUCAGCCAGUCCCAGUCACCAAAGAACUGCACGGCCUGGCGGCUCGGCCACACAGCAGCUCGCUGAGCCACGGCUCAGGCGGAGAGCCGGGGGGCAAGCCCUAUGCUGCAGAACCCGGCCUGGGCCUCCAGGGCCUUCCCAAGCCGACCACAGCGCACAGUGAAAGCAGCAGCCACAAGCCCAGACCUGGCCCUGACCCGAGCCCUCCAAAGUCGAAGCACCCAGACAGGGCCCUCUCCUCCCAGAAGCCAAGCGGUGGGCCUGCAGUGGGCAGAGAGCCUGGUUCUCAGUCCCCUGUUGGCCCCAGCCGAGAGGGGAAGGGCUGCAUCAAGGGCGUCUUGGAUGUGUUCCCUGCCCUCCCAGGCUCCCAGAACACAGCUAGCGAUGCGAUGGGCCAGGGAGGAGGCGGACCCUCAGUCCCACUGCAGGCCGAAGGGGGUCUUCUAGACACCAGGCUGAAACCCGCCAGUGGUGGGCAUCCCCCGGAGGGGCUAGAGAAGCCCACGCUCCUGCCAUGGCAAGGACGCCCAGGAGGUGAUGAGUUGGUAGACCAGAAACCCGCCACUGUCAGCGAAAAGCAAAACCUGUCUCCAAAGCACCCCAAACCAUCCACUGUGAAAGACUGCCCACCUCUGUGCAAACAGACAGACGCGAGUCCAAGUUCACCGGCCGCCGCUACCACUGACAGGAAGUCUGAGGGCAAGAAAUGCACUGAAGCACUUUAUGUCGCCACAGAGAGUGGGAAGCCCGAGGCCAGCCUUCCCCUGGCACCCGGCGAGGCCAGGCCAAAAGGCACAGAGAGGCCAGCAGCUGCUGUUGGGAAGGGCUUGCCAGAGGCCAAGGGGAAAGGGCUGAGUGCCCAGAAGCCACUGAGUGAGGCAGGCAAGCCCAGUGGCAUGAAGCGGUCACCCUCGGCCACUGGGCAGAGCUCUUUGCGAUCCACUGCCCUCCCGGAGAAGUCUUUGAGUUACUCUUCCAGCUUUCCUGAAGCCAGACCGGGGGCACGAGAGGCCAGCACGAGUGGCAGUGACGCGUCUUCCACCAAGGCUGGCGGGGCUGCGGCUAAGGCCCUGCCUGCGGGGGAUGGCAGAACCCACAUGACCAAGAGUGACUCCUUGCCAUCUUUUCGGAGCCCCACCGUCACUCUGGAACUGCACCACCCUGGCCCGAGUGUGGCGGGAGGUGCCGGCCACCGGGACAGGGCCCUGUCAGUAACUGCCACCGCAGGAGAAACCAAAGGGAAAGAGCCUGUUCCAACCCAGCCCCCUCAGACUCGGAAACAGAACCCGGGCAGAGAAGUCACCAAGGCGUCCCCAGCUCCAAGCCCUGACCGGCCCAUCGCCCUUUCUUCCGAGAAGGACUUUGUGGUCCGGCAGAGGCGGGGGAAAGAGAGUGUGCGUAGCAGCCCUCACAAAAAGUCCUCGUAGUGGGGCAGGCCCCAGGCCGGACUGGGGAGACCCCGACCUGAAUGUGUACCUGAGUCUUGACUACCUUUCGAAACCAGCACUGUGUGGCAUCGCCCGCCGGGCAGAGCCUGGAGCCUCACUGCGGAUGGACGGGGAGAGGGAGAGAAAGUCGGAAAGAAAGAGGGGACCUUCUUCCAAUUGCCUUCCCGAUCGUUACCGGUAAAACUGUUACCAGAUAGUGUUUGUACAAACAACAACAACGGAAUAACCUUUACAGUUGAGGGUU